CGCAAACAGCUGUUUGCUAUCGAAAUCGCAAAAAUAAAAAUCGGUUUUGGGAGCUUUACAUUGAUUCUGUUUAUUUACGAGAAAAAUGCAGAAUAGCCAGCGAAAAACGCCACAAAAUGUAACAAAACCGGCGAGCACCUAGCUGUAGAUCCAAAAUGAUACCCUGGAUGCGCGAGAAGUUCAACGAGAAACGGGCGAAGUGGCUGGCGCGCAGCAAGCGAAGCGGUGGCUCACCAGCGGACGAGAGUCCCCGGAGCAGUAGCCACAGUCACAGCCAGCGGACAGAUGCCAGCGAUGCGGAGAGCAUCAGCGGAUCCUCGCUGAAUGUCCAUACGGCGGAGUCGGAGACGCAAACGGAUGGCGGGAUGGCCGGCUCCAAUUCCCGGGCUCUCGUGGGUGGCGGAAGUUGCGUCCUAAGGACUCCAUCGCCCGCUCGUCGACGUCGAAUGUACUUGGAGCUGCAGCUGCAGCGGCGGGAGGAGCGGGCUGAGCAGGAGGCGGAGCUGCAGGACUCUCCCACGCCCACUCGACAGCAGCAGGCCCAUGCUAUGUUCCUCAGAAAAUCAGGGCAUUCUAACCGCCCGAGCAACUCCGCUUCGUCUGGUGAGGCAGAGGAUGCCAGAAGGCCGGGCGAGUCCAUCAUGGUGCGGGUGAUCUGCCCCAGUUCGCGCGUUCUGGUUUUCAAGACGGACGUCAACAAGCGCCUCAACGAGCUUAAGAGCGAGGUGAUUCUGGAGCUAAGCGAUGAUCCCGACUCCAUCCAGCUGUUUGCUCCUGACGUACGGCAUUUGAACCCGCGAUACCGUCUCUAUCGGGCGGAAUACUUUGGCAGCGAGCUGAACGAGACGGACACGCUGGCUCAGCUGAAGGUGCGCAACAAUGAGACUUUCAUCCUCUCUCCACGACGCAAUACUCUGCCACAGACAGUGUCACGGAUCCGCGAGGUUCCUGGCCCCAAUGAGCAACUGGUGGAGAGCGCCACGCGCUACGUACCCGUUAACUCCAACCAACUGCCCACCAUCGACAUCAAUGAGAUUUUUCAGCAGUCGAACAUACAAUACGAUGUGCGCAAGGUGCUGAUAUCCCUGGCCCAGGCUUCGGCGGCAGUUAUAGGAGCUGGUCCAUAUGCUCCGCGUCUGAUAGCAAUGUUAAAGCAGCGUUUGAUUAACCGCCGUAAUCAGCAGGCGGAUACGCUGCAGUGCCUCGUAGACAUGGGCUUCAAACGGGAACUGGCUGCGUUUGCUCUUAAAGCCAACAACGGCAUUUACUCGACCACAAUGGAGUGGCUGAUACAAAACCAAAACGAGGAAAACCCGCAGGAACCGCCGGCCAUGAACAUGCAGCACAGCCUAUCUUCCAUCUCGCCCUCCACGAUAGUCACGAAUAAUGAAACCAUUGAAAACACCGCCGCCUUGAUUGAGAUUGUGCGAAUCUACAGCCACCGGGACUCGCCGCCCAGCGAUGAGAUUGUGGAAUCGCUCACCGAAAUGGGAUUCGAGGAGACGGCAGUUUUGGCGGCGCUAAAGAAGACAGGAAACAACAAGGCCUCCGCCUGCGAAUGGCUGUGCGACAACCGAUCGGGCAGUGUUAUUGAGCUGCGCGAGGGCUUGGCUCCUGAUUCGCCCAUCUUAAAGGUGAUCCUGGAAAUGCCGCAGGUCCAAAUGACACUCAGCAAUCCCAAGACAUUUUUGGCCUUUCUGGGCAUUCUGGAGAACGAGCAUGCAAUACGCGUGUGGCGCGGCGACAACGACACAACCUCGGUCAUCACACAUAUCCUGCAAAAGUACCAUGAGGAGAAGCAUGUGCUGGGCAUCAACCAGUUCUACACAAACCGCUGGUGAACGGUGCCGCUAAGUGGCUUUAUUAUGAGAUUAACCAAAUUAUAUUUAUACAUAUACAUACACAAUCACACACCCGAAGUGCAUAGCUGUGGCUUGGUCCAUUUUGGGGCCCCCAUUAUACAUUGUGUAUGUGCCCGUAUGUAAAGAGUAUUUUUGUAGCCAAAAAACCAUGAAUGUAAACCGCACAAAGCCAAAGAUGCAAUCGCUUCGCCAAGAGCACGCGGCUGCACUCUACAAACGCUUACCGAUCAGUACGAAAUGCAUUAUACAUAUACAUCCAUAUAAAUAUAAAAAGUAACUAGUUCUAGUCAGGCCUUCAUCCUACGAUUCUAUUAGGCUAAACACUUACCCUUCAUCUAGUUUGCUAGCUCAUCGUCAGUCAUUUGAAAUCGCACUACAUUAGCAACUGUCUCAUACUUCAUACCACAGAUAUGUACAUCUCGUCAGUUGUAAGCGAGCGAACUUGAGGUGAUUUCAAAGCGUUGUAUUGUCAGGUUGUUAAACGUGUCGCCUGCGAAACCAUCAACUUGAACUCAAAGUAUUAUUUUGUAAACCAAAUAUUCAAUUUGCAUUGUUUUAACAAGAGGCAAAUAAAUCAAUUAGUUUUUGAUACAAAACAGA